AUGAUGAACAACAUUAUAGAAGCAAUAAAUCUGAAUAAAGAAGAUACUUCAUUACGAGCUAUUGUUUUAUCUGCGAAGGGUAAUGUUUUUUCUGCUGGUCAUAAUUUAAAGGAAUUAGUAAAUGGAUUUGCAGCAGCGGCUGGGUGCCAACUAGUGGCUACAUGCGAUAUUAUAAUUUGUUCCGACAAAAGCAAAUUUUCAACACCAGGUGCGAACUUUGGUAUAUUCUGUUCAACACCAGGAAUUGCUAUUGGCAGAAGUGUCCCUAAAUCGAGGGCUAUGUAUAUGUUGUUAACUGGUGAGCCGUUAAGUGCCCAAGAAGCAUAUGAAAGUGGUCUUGUCACAAAAGUUGUGCCAGCUGAAAAUCUAGAUUCUGAAGUUAAUCAAAUUAUUGAACAGAUUAAACAUAAAAGUAGAAGUGUAAUAUCACUUGGAAAAGAGUUUUUCUACAAACAAAUCGGUCUCAAUGUUAUAGAUGCAUACAAACUGGGUGAAGAAAUCAUGGUCAAGAAUAUUAACUCUCUUGACGGUCAAGAGGGAAUAAAAAGUUUUGUAGAAAAACGUAAAGCUCUAUGGAAUCACAAAUAG